CGUCCGGGAGGGCGGCGGGGAUCGGCGGCCUGGGUGGGCGGCAGCCGCCGAGCAGUCGCUUUGGGCUCUGAGGGAGUACCCGCCUCCUUGGGGCCUGAGCCUGUGUCCUGGUGGGGUGCUGUUUCUAGCUAUUCGCCGUUCUGUCUUGCCUUGGGGGUGCGCCUAGGCCUAGGUUUGUGCGUUGUGCGGGCCCCAGCGGCUGGCGGGGCCUUGUGGUGACCCGGCCCUGUUCGUGGGCCUUUCUGGUAGUCCUGGCCUGUCCGUUCCUGCGGCCGUGGGCGAGUUCGUGUCCCCUUUCUUGCGCGCCGGGAGGGCCCGGUAGUGCAUGUCCUGGGGCUGUGUGUAGAGCUGCUGCUGUUUGCCCCCAUCAUCUAUCGUAUUAGACAAGAAAAACGUCACUCAGGGAAAAAACAAAAUGGCAUCAGGGACGGUAAUGAAUGCCACUUCCUCGGGAGGGUCAAAUGACGUGAGCCUGGAGGAACCAAAGAAGAUGACAAGGGAAGACUGGAGGAAAAAGAAGGAAUUAGAAGAACAAAGAAAAUUAGGAAAUGCGCCUGCUGAGGUGGAUGAAGAAGGAAAAGAUAUCAAUCCUCAUAUUCCUCAGUACAUAUCCUCAGUACCAUGGUACAUAGAUCCAUCUAAGAGACCUACACUAAAGCAUCAGAGACCUCAGCCAGAGAAGCAGAAACAGUAUAGCUCCUCUGGAGAUUGGUACAAACGAGGCGUACAAGAGCAUGCGAUAGCGACAAGAUACCGUAAAGGAGCUUGCGAGAACUGUGGUGCAUUGACACACAAAAAGAAAGACUGCAUGGAGAGACCCAGAAAAGUUGGAGCAAAAUACACAGGCAUGAAUAUUGCGCCAGAUGAACAUGUACAGCCUCAACUGAUGUUUGAUUAUGAUGGAAAGCGAGAUCGUUGGAAUGGUUAUAACCCAGAAGAGCACAUGAAGAUUGUUGAGGAAUAUUCCAAGGUUGAUCUGGCCAAACGUACACUGAAAGCCCAGAAGCUUCAGGAAGAGUUAGCAUCAGGAAAACUGGAGCAAGUGAACUCCCCAAGACACCAGUGGGGAGAAGAGGAACCAAAUUCACAGACAGAAAGAGAUCAUAACAGUGAAGAUGAAGAUGAAGAUAAAUAUGCAGAUGACAUUGAUAUGCCUGGGCAGAAUUUUGACUCUAAAAGACGUAUCACAGUUCGAAAUUUACGUAUUCGGGAAGAUAUUGCAAAAUACUUGAGGAAUCUAGAUCCAAACUCUGCUUAUUAUGAUCCCAAAACAAGAGCAAUGAGGGAGAACCCCUAUGCCAACACAGGCAAGAAUCCAGAUGAAGUUGGUUACGCAGGUGACAACUUUGUUCGCUACACUGGAGAUACCAUUUCAAUGGCACAGACUCAGUUGUUUGCUUGGGAGGCUUAUGACAAAGGCUCUGAAGUUCAUCUUCAAGCAGACCCUACAAAAUUAGAGCUACUUUAUAAGUCCUUCAAAGUGAAAAAAGAAGAUUUCAAGGCACAGCAGAAAGAAAGCAUCCUAGAAAAGUAUGGAGGACAAGAACAUCUGGAUACCCCACCAGCUGAACUGCUGUUAGCACAAACAGAAGAUUACGUGGAGUACUCUAGACAUGGAACAGUCAUCAAAGGACAAGAGAAAGCUAUUGCUUGCUCUAAAUAUGAAGAGGAUGUAAAGAUCAACAACCAUACAUGCAUUUGGGGUUCAUAUUGGAAAGAAGGCAAGUGGGGUUACAAAUGCUGCCACUCAUUUGUCAAGUACUCGUACUGUACAGGAGAAGCUGGGAAAGAAAUUGCUAACACUGAAGCAAGCUUACUGGAAGAGCAACCCGGGGAGGAGGAACAAAUGACAAAACCCAAAACGCUAAUGGAGAUCCACCAAGAGAAACAGAAAGAGAAGAAAAAGAAGAAGCACAAGAAGAGCUCAAAUUCAGAUAGUGAGGGUGAAGAGAAAAAGAAGCAAGAAAAACUUAAAAAGGCACUAAAUGCAGAAGAAGCUCGUCUUCUCCAUGUUAAAGAAAUCAUGCAGUUAGAUGAGAGGAAGAGACCCUACAACAGCCUGUAUGAAACCAGGGAGCCAACAGAAGAGGAAAUGGAAGCCUACAGAAUGAAACGGCAGAGACCUGAUGAUCCCAUGGCCUCUUUCCUUGGACAGUAGUCCCAGUGAAAUCAUUCCAAUACACAAGACUCUUUUUUCAUGCUCGUUUAGAACUCUGUGGAGUUGUAAGCUCAUUUACAACCAUGUGUGGAAGUGCCAGAAAUAGCAGAGACCUUUUUUUGCACCAAAGAAGCUGGUGAAAAUUUCUUUCAGCAGACAUAAGCAGUCCAAUACUUAGAGCAAUUUUGAGAUAUGUGUGUAUGUAUAUAUAUAUACAGUCACAAAUGUAUAUAUGUACACAUACAUAUAAAAAUUAUAUGUACCUAUAAAAUACAUACAUCUACUCUGUAAAAUAUUUAUUGGAAGAUAAAAUAUCUGAUGCUGGAAUUCUAGGUUUGUUUGGCCAACUAAUAUAUACAUAAAGUCAUAAUACAUUCAGUAAAACUGACUGCCUAAAAAGAAACAGUCAGCAGGUGUCAAUAUAGAACAAAAAUUGUUGAAAAGACAAUUUGAUCCAGCUACAGCAGCUUCUUAUUUGUAAAGGGAGUUACCUGUCACAUGGCUUUGAAAGGAUAAAUAGUUCCUUUCUUGAUCAUUUUGUAGUAUUUUGGUAAUGUAAUAAUUGAUUGAUUUGUACAGUUUUGGUUAAAUUAAUAUAAAGGUCUUAAAUGCUGUGCAGCCUUUUUAAUGAAGAGGUUAAGAGAAGCUGACUGUAGCGCUUUUAAAUUCCGUUUCUGCAGAUGAUAACAUAUAAAUUUCAGUUGCAAAGAUGGGAGUUGUUUGUUUUGCUGUUUGAUAACAGUGUUUGUCUCACCCUGAUAACUUCCCAAAUCCUGUUAUGUGGUGUCAUACCAAGUGUUGGGCUCCAGUACCUUGGGAUAAUGCGAAGCAGCAUCUGCUUUGUGGUUGGCAACAGUAGUCCUUACACUGGGAGUUUUCCCCUUCAACUAUUAAAAGUGGAAGUAAUGGGUGAAAAACUUCAUGGCACAACUUUAGAAAUAACUCUCAAGCCUUCCAUUAUGGCUUAAACUGUCUUAUUAAACAUGCCUUUUAUAACCACAUUUAAUGUGGUUAUAUUAAUAGUAGGACAAGGAAAACACUGUAAUCCUGGCUUUUUGUUUUAAACUUAAGAACCUGAUUAUAAUUUCCACUUUGUAAACAAUGAAGGAAGUUAAAGAUACUGGAAGAAAGUGAAAGAGCACGUUUUGCCUGUAAUGGGUUGUACCUCUAAUUUCCACCUGUAAACCUGGUUUCCUUUUUUUUUAUUAGGUUUUCUCCAAGUUUGCUUCCCCUUUAUUUUAUAAGACUAAUAAAAUAAAAGUUUGCAGUCAGAUUUAUAAAACUUGAUUUUAAAAUCUCCUAGCACUUGCAAGAAAUGUAAUCAACUAGUGAGACGAAAGAUCUGGGUGUGGAAUUGUUACUACAACCAAGUACCAGGAAGGCAAAACUUUAGAGGAGAAAUCAGCUUUUGCAGAAGUUGCUUUUAUGUUUUCACAAUGUGGAUUUAGACAGAGGGGGAAAAAUAUUAGGGAUAUGGUUUUCCUUCUGCUAAAAAACCAGUGACUCACGUUCUGGGUUUCCACAGCAGCUCAGGUUUUGACCUUUCUAGGUUAUGAAUAAUUUCAAGUAAAAACGGCUCUAUUUCACAGCCACUUUGAGGACUGAAUAUUUUAAUUUAGCCCACAGAAAUGCUAAUUAUAGAAAUUCUGCAUUGGUCUGCAAUAUAGUUCUGUAUUAAAACCAUCUGCAGUAUUCUCAUUGAUGAUCUAAAAUUUAGGCUAUUUACUGUGUCUGGAACACAGUAAAUCUAGAUCCUCUGGUAGGACCUGACUGCAAACUGAUUAUUUUUCUGAAUUAGCUGAACUGUAAAAUAUUACUCUUCUCAGGGCUGUAACACUUGAAGUGUGACCAGCACAGCUCCAGCUGCAGAUACCAACUGCUCAUGUCUCACUCGGUGCCGAGUUCAGUUUGGGGGAAGAUGAGGUGUCAGAAGGGUCCGUGUUACCAUUUCCUUGAGCUACUUAGAUACCUUUCUAAAAGUAGCUAGAGGCUCAGAACUCAGAAAUACCACUGAAAAAGAGCAACUUAGGACGAACAAAUAAUUCACCAGUCGUGGCAGCCUGUAAAGCUCAGAUUUGAACACUCGUUUAGUGAGUAUUCUCCUGACAUUCCAGAGAAAAAUGGGGACAGAGUUAAAGGUGUAUGUAUUUUAGAAGCCAGUACAAUGUGUUCAGUGCUACAGAGAGAGGUUUAUUACAAAUAAAGGUGCUGAGUUCUACCCAAA